AUGAAUUCCUUUUCUCUUCUUUGCAAUUUAAUUAAUUAUUUUAAUAUGCAAAGAAGCCAAUCAUUUUCAGAGCUCAAGGUUUUAAAUAAUUGCAUUCCCAUUGAAUUCUUUGAACAGAAGGGUCCUCAAUACUAUUAAAAUCAAUUUCAAUAAUAUUAAACUAUAUUCCAACAGAGCUUUGCUCUGCACACAAGAUUAUGCCAAACUCCAUUGUAAAAGUACUAGAAUUACGAUUUGGGGAACACGGUGAUCAAGUAGGGGACGGUCUAAAUUAAGAUAAACAGUGGGAGUUUCACUAAAACCAGCAUCAUUUUGACGAGAGAGAAGUUGGUGAUUGUGGAAGACAAGCAAUGGGGGCAAGUGUACAAUCUCAGGUACUUGGCCUUUACUUUGGCAUAGGUAUGCAUAUCCUCUUGUAUCAAUGAUAGUGUAACAAGAAUCAGUUUAAAUUGUUCAAGUUGGAGUUUAAGCAGUAUAAGAAAAUUAUAAUAUUUAAAUGCAACGAUGACAUCGAGGGGAAGCUGUGGUAUUAGAGCAUCAGGAUGAUUGAGGAGAAGUUCUUAAACGAGAUCGAGAAGUUGCUGGUGAAGGAGCUGUAUUUCGGAGCGGACUUUGUGCGGGAAGAGGAGUUCUUGAAUUGGGCUGAGACCGGGGAUAUUCUAUUGUUCGAGUAAGCAUUGAAUUAUACGGGAAGGACAGAUCAUUACAUGGCCAAGUUGCAGAGAGGCAUCACGAGGUCGAAGUUCGAUCAUGUAGGCAUGGUAGUCAGAGAUAAAUAUUCGAAUGAUGUGUUGGUUUUUGAUGUCAAAAAUGAAGCAGUAAAUUAAAAUGUGAGGUGUUAGGGGGUAGAUCAGGAGUUCUGGAAAUACUUCAUGAAGCAGAAUAAUCUCUACAGGAAGGUGGCGGUUAGGAAAUUAUUGAAUGUCGAUCGGGAAACAAUAAAUUCGAAACUGCUGGAAUUUAUUGAUGUAUAAUUACAAAUUACAAGAAAGUUAAAGAUUAAGAUUAUGAAAUCAACAUGAUGAAGCUCCUGCAAUAGCAAAGUGACGGACUCAUCAACAAAGGGUAUUUUUGCAGUGAGUUGAUUGCCAAAGCGUAUAAAUAUUGUGACUUGUUGCCUCAGUAGAAAGCUAGUUCAACAUAUUGGCCAGUCACGUUCUAAAAGUCGUUGAAACUCUUGAAUUAAGCCCAGUUGAGUGAGCCAAUAAUUAUUUUGUUGGAUUAUGAUAUACAUUAUUAAUUAUGAAUUAAAGUAAUUAAAAUAUAGUGAAUAGACAUGGAUUUCAGUGCAAAACAGGAAUAAAUUAUUAUCAAAUCGGAGUUGCAAUACUCUACAUUGGACACUACUUGAUAAUCUUAUUUCAAACCUUGGAUUAUGUAAAAAUAUUAAUUCAAAGUUAUAAGAAUCAACUUUGGAUUUUGGUUACGAUUUUCUCAUUUAUUAUCUCGAUAUUUUGGUUUGUCACCACAACAAUAGAUCCCACUGAUCGGGAGAUUUACAUUUAGCAGAAACUCAAAGAAAAGAAGUAAUGAACGAUAAUUUAAAAAUGAUAGAGUGAAAUACGAGACUAAAUUGAAUUGCUAUUGCAAGGUAUGUCAAGCUUAUGUAAAGGCACCGUCAAAGCAUUGCAAAUAGUGCAACAGGUGUACAGAACUCUUCGAUCAUCAUUGCAUUUGGUUGAAUAAUUGCAUUGGGUUAAGAAAUUAUAAAUAUUUCUUUAUAUUAAUAGUACUUUUAGAAUUUUAUUUAAUUACUGUACUAAUUAUUUCAAUAUUUGUCAACAAGAUACUUAGCUAUAUAUACAUGGGACUCACUAUUAUUUUGAUGAUUCCCGUCACCUUUUUACUAGUCAUGCAUAUCUACUUUAGAUGCAAGAAUAUGACAACCUACGAUUAUGUAUUAAGCAGAAGGAAAAUCGACUAGAAGAGCUCCUAAGACAAGUAGUAAGAUGGUACAUCAAACCAAACAAAUCUGCAAACCAACAUCAUCUCUAGAAACUUUCUUCAACAAACCAACAUCAACGUAUAGACUGCUCCUCCGAAACCCAAUCUAAUCAAAAAAGUGAUAGAUUGGGAUCAGGAGGAGGCAGAUGUGGAAGAAGGAGACAGCUAUCAUGCUAAAGAACCAUUGCCAUUGCCUAGUUCGAAGAGUAGUGCCAGAUAAAUGGAUUCUUAGUGUAACUCUGCUCACAAGAUGUCUUGUCCCAAUACUCUCAGGUAAAUUUAUUAAAACUCAUUGAUAGAGGUAAUAUAUCCACAAUUCAGUUGACUGAAACCAAACCAAUCCGAUCUUUGUUUAAUGUGAAAGAUUUUUAAUAAAUGAUUGAAAAUUAAUUGGUGAACAACGUUAAUGAGGGUUCCAUCAUUUAAUUUGAUUCAAAACAUUCACAAAAGACUAAUCAGAUUGAGAUCAAUAUAUGA